AUGUUAACACUUCACAUCGUACUCUUCAGCUUUAUUUGUUCAAUAAUUUCUUCAGAUGAAGUCCAAGCUCAGCAGACUGCUUCCGAUGUUUUGAGAAGCUUAUGCAUUUAUAACCCGAGACUCUCCUUUUGUAAAAACUUUCCGGCAUAUCCUGAUCGCUUAAUAUCUAAAAAGGCUGUUCUGAUACCUCUGCGACAAAAUACAGAUAUUUCUCAACGUAUUCUUGACAUUAAGCAAAAUGAGUUUUUCGCUGAUGAUAACAACAAGCAAUCCGCAUACCCUGAAUUGACAAUCGGACCGCUGUCUAUUUGGGACUGGAUGAACAGUGAUCCUAGUUACUUGACACUGCCUCUGAUCGACUCUACUGACUUACUUUGGCACCAACCUAAAUCGAGCCAACUACGAGUUCAUGAAAUCCGAAAACAUCGUCAUAAAAGAGCAGCAGGCAGAACUCAAGCUUUUCAAGAAGACCAACCUACGAUUGAAAAUAAUUGGGGCUUCGUUUCUGAAGAGAAGGAAGAAAGUUCAGAGGCGAUGACAGAGUGGCCAACCGAAAAGAUGGAUAAACCUCAAAUACAACCACAGCAAGUCAAUCCCAAUCAGAAUGGGCUCUUGAAAGAUAUAGGUGGUAUUGGUGUUGGUUUUAAUGUUGGGGUGGCUGUUCCUGGCAAUGAUCCUGUCUCUGUUGGAGCUAAGGUCGGAGUGGGAUUAGGAGAAUCAGGAUUGGCAGGAAAGCUUCCCAUUGGAGAAAACAUAUUUCCCCGUCAGGGUGAACAUCAGAGCUUGAAUGAUUAUGAUGGGAAUAAGUACGAUAUAGUACCUGAUAAGGCAUCCAAAUAUCUUCAAGCAAUCAGGGAUGGUCGUCUACGACUACCGAACUAUGCUCCAGCCAAAACCCUUAUAGGAAUUAACGGUGGCAUUGGAGUUGGAAAAUAA